CUUCCAGGCUUAACGCUCCCCAACAUGGCUGCUGCGGAACAGUGAAUGGUCAGGAGUACAUUUGUAUUCGAGAGAAAAAGCACAAUUUAAAAGGAAUUUAACAACGACCUUAAAAUUACAAAAGACCUCUACAUGAAUGUUAUAAAGAGGAUCCCUGUGCUGCACCUGAGCGACAGUUAAUCCUCCAACCAAAAACCCCAUAUCCCACAGUUCCCUGCUUCUCUUGGCUGGUCCCUGCAGGUGUGGGCGUGCCUCCUCCUGUCACACUGGCAGAGGAGGCGGGGCAGGAGGUGUUGCCAGGUGGGGGACCAAGGCUGCACCCGCCUGCCUUCUCCAUCUUCCUCCGUCCAAAUCCAACCCACUUGAUCUGGAGCUCCCACAGGAAGGCUGAGAGUGAUCCGAACCUCGAGUGCGUGCCGUCCACAUUUGGACACCUGCAGAGCUGCACUGACAGGGCUCUGCCAGGUGGCGUUGGCUGGUUGAGGAGCAGAGCAUGUUGAGUGGUUGUGGUUGCCAUGGAGCUGCAGGAUAAGAAGCAGGAAGAGGGUGCUGUGACUCUGGGCCUGUCCACUGGCCAGGCUCUGGUGAAGCUCCGGGACCAGCUCAACAGCCUACUGGAGCAGCACCAGAGGACUACACACAGACGAGCCUCUGCACAGGAACAAUGGGCGAAUAGCUUUCUUUACCAUGGCAACCGUCACUCCUGUCUCCAUUGGCCAGGAGCUGCCCUCACUCUACUGGUGGUGCUGGGACUCUUCUGUUGUCAUGGCAGCCAGCCAAAGGGCAGUUCUGGUAUAGAGCUGAUGAACGCCGCAGCCCUCCUUCUCCUCUUCCUGCUGAACCUGCUGCUGGUCGGACGUCAGGAGAGGCUGAAGAGGAGUGAGAUGGUCCGCCGCCUCAAGGGCAUCAUCACUCAGCUCAGUGACUAUCUGUCAGGGUGUGUGGGGGAAGUGCGGUGGUCUCCAUCCCUGUACCCUGAUCUGUACACACCCACGUCUCCAUCGUGGUCCCUCCACUGGACCUACCGCGACUCCCAGUUGGUUAACCUGCCCGUGAGUCUGCUGGUGGAAGGAGACAUCAUCGCUCUGAGACCUGGCCAAGAGGCGUUUGCAUCCCUUAGAGGCAUUAAGGAUGACGAGCACAUUGUGUUGGAGCCAGGAGAUUUAUUCCCCCCAUUCUCCCCUCCCCCUUCCCCACGAGCCAAUGAGAAGAGAGGACCCCAGAGCCCCCAGCAACAUCGUCUCUUCAGAGUUGUCCGGACCCCAGUGCUGGACAUAGUCAGGAACAGUUUGGAGAUGGCGUUGGCUCGACCAAUCACGGUGCUCGAUAACGAGAGGUUUACAGUGCAGUCAGUUAUCACCAAGCUAGUCUGUCCUGUCGUGCUGGUGGCCUUCCUGCUAGUAAACACUAUCCGCUAUUUUUGUGACGCACCCAGCCUCACCCCUGCCUGCUACAACUUCUUUCAGCUUCAGUUAAUGGGUGUUCUGCCCAUCUUGCCCUUGCUCUUCCCUGUCAUGUGGGUGCUGUUGAAUGCCUUCGGAGAGGCAAGGGUCCUCGCUGAGUUCAGCCGCGCAUCACCAGCUGGUCUGCUUGCUAAGUUCUCUGAGGACACUCUAAGCAGCUACACCGAAGUGGUUUCCUCCCAGUCAACACGUCUUGACCGAGCACCUGUGGAUGAGAUGCUGCGUUGUGUGUGGAGACACCUGGUUGGCGUCCUGAAGGGAGAGUCUCAGACACUCUGUUAUACCUCCAGCCUUUUACACACUUUGGGAUCUGUCACUGUGCUGUGUUGUGUGGACAAACAGGGUAUCCUUUCGUGGCCUAACCCCAGUCCAGAGACUGUGCUGUUCUUCAGUGGACGGGUGGAGCCACCUCACAACAGCCAGGAUGAUCUCAGAGAUGACCUGUCUGUCAACUCCUACUGCCGAAUGGAGACAGAUGAUGACAGGGAUGAGGCCCAGGAGGCAGAAGCUCUGCUCAGUCUACCAGCGGAGUCUUCCACCCAGCCCGGGGAGGGGCCCGAACCCAGUGAGACGUCCCACGACACUGCUCGCUCGUCUGACAAUCUCCGGCUUUUGCGCUCCUGCAAGCCCGCGCACACUCGCACCAAACACCACUCUGGAUCCAACGUGAGCUUCAGCCAUGACACUGAGGGAGGGGAGGACGACCAGGCACAGGACUUUGCGAUGGGCUGCCCGGAGGCAGAGGCCGACGACUUUGUGUGUGACUACCACCUGGAGAUGCUGAGCCUGUCGCAGGACCAGCAGAACCCAGCCAGCAUCCAGUUCGACGACCUCUCCUGGCAGUGCCACCUGCCCUCCCUCAAGCCCCUGGGCCUCAACAUCAUGCUGAACCUUUGCAACGCCAGUGUCACCCAGCAGCUCUGCCGCUUCUCCGACCACCUGUCCAACCUGGCUCUGCAGGAGAGUCACGGCACAGUGCUGCCUGUCUACGUCCCCUGGGGGCUCUGUGAGCUCUCCAGGCUCAUAGGGUUCACUCCAGGUGCGAGGGAGCUCUUUAAACAGGAGAACCACUUGGCUCUGUACCAGCUACCAUCUGGAGAGAAGACCAAGGAGUUCUCUUCCCGUCGCCUUCAUUACUUCAUCAAACGCCAGCCUCCCAUCUCCCACCUCAUCUCCCUCUUCGUACGAGACUCUUCCUCCAAUAACGUCCAGAUGCUGUCACAUGGCUCGGCUGACCUUAUCCUGGAGGCCUGCACUGACUUCUGGGAUGGAACUGAUAUCUAUCCUCUCUCAGGCUCAGACAGAAAGAAGGUUCUGGAUUUCUACCAGCGUGCCUGUCUGUCAGGUUACUGCUCAGCGUUUGCCUAUAAACCCAUGCAAGUAUCACUGUCCAACCAACUGAAUGGGAAGUGCGUGGAGCUGGCCCCUGGUCCCUGCCUCUUCUCCGGAGUGGAGCUGCCCUCCACCACCCCCAUCAAGCACAACUCCUGCAGGAACAGCUGGAGCUCCGAUGAGGGUAUAGGUGAGGGUGUGGAGCGUGAGGACUGUGUUCAGGCCCUCAGUGGGCAGAUCUUCAUGGGCAUGGUAUCGUCCCAGUUCCAGGCGAGACUGGACACAGUUCGGCUCAUUGAUGCACUGGUCACCGCUUGUAUCCGGUUUGUUUACUUUUCCAUGGAGGAUGAGCUCCGCAGCAAGGUUUUUGCAGAGAAGAUGGGUUUAGAGACAGGUUGGAACUGUCACAUCUCUUUGACUCCAAACGGAGACAGUCCUUGUGAUGGAGCUCCAUCCAGCCCCAGUCACGGCUCCCUGCAUGAAGACCUAAACCAAGACUCUCGGGAUGAAGCAGAAGGUCCACUGCUGCCAGAGGAGGAAGCCCACUCCGACCUGGCCAGUUUCCAGCCCACAGACAGCGAUGUGCCCAGCUUUCUGGAGGACUGUAACAGGGCCAAGCUACCUCGUGGGAUCCACCAGGUUCGUCCUCACCUGAAGAACAUUGAUAAUGUGCCUCUUUUGGUGCCACUCUUCACUGACUGCACCCCUGACACCAUGUGUGAGAUGAUGAAGAUCAUGCAGGAGAACAGGGAGGUUACAUGCUGUCUGGGAAGCUCCGCCAAUUUCCGCAACAGCCGCCUGUUUCUACAGAGUGACGUCAGCAUCGCUCUGGACCCUCUGUAUCCGUCUCAGUGCUUGUGGGAGACGUUCGGCUACGCCACCGGAGGAGGAUUCAACGGAGACGUCGAAGGGCUGUCCCCUCUGAGGCUCUCUGGACAGCUCAACAGUCUGGGCUGUUCCGUCACCUUCCACCAAGGAGAGAGUGUCAGCAUGGUCAAGCUCAUAGAGCAGGCACGACACACAACCUACGGCAUCCGCAAGUGCUUCCUUUUCCUGCUGCAGUGUCAGCUCAGUCUAGUCAUCAUCCAGUUCUUAGCCUGCCUAGCUCAGCUUCCUCCUCCCAUGAACACCACUGACAUCCUCUGGAUGUCCUGCUUCAGCUGCCCGCUGCUAAGUGUGUCACUUUUGGGGAAGCCACCCGACAGUUCAGUCAUGACAGUUGCCACAGGGAAGAACCUAGAUGCAAUUCCAAGGAAGACCCAGAACUACUUCCUUGGCUGUUUCCUGUUGAAGUUUGGCCUGACAGUGUGUGCCUACCUGUUGGCCUUUGGCUUCACCCUGCAGGAGGUCUGCCUCAGAAGCAGCAACCUAACCUUAGCUGACAACACCUCCUGCCUUCAUAUACUCACAGCCAGCUCUGCAGAGAACGCUCCUCACUGGUUCAGCGAGCUGUCAAACGGCCUGCUGCUGACUCAGAAGGUCAUGGCAGGAUUCCUCGCCUUACAUACAGUGGUGAUCUCCCUCAGCUAUGUCCACCGCUCUCAGCCUCUGUGGAGAAAGAGUCCCUUUAGCAAUACCUGGUGGUGUCUCACUGUACCUGUGGUUCUGCUCAGCCAGAUUGUUCAGGCCACGGUGGAUUACCAGCUAUGGCGCCAUCAGGGCAGUCUCCUGACCUUUAACCUGGACGAUAUACCCCUGCUAGCCUGGCUGCUGGUCUCUCUGUCCCCGCUGCUGGUGGUGGUGGUCAAUGAAGUGGUGAAGCUUCAUGAGAUACGGGUGCGAGUUCGCUACCAGAAGAGACAGAAGCUGCAGUUUGAAACCAAGCUGGGAAUGAACUCUCCAUUCUGAUGCGUUCCAUCUUGAGAGGUUUUUGUCAUGGCAAUACUGAGAACCAGUCAGUCAGUUCUGGAAACCAGGGAAGGACGGUGUAAACACUGCAGAACCCUCUGUUAACACUUCAGCUCAACGGCACUGCAAGCAUCAGGUGGCUCAAACAAAUGUCCCAGUGGUAUGAACGGUUGAUAUUCUGUCAGUUAACUGAAGGGCAGGACAAGGAAAAUUCCAAAGCAUUCAUUUCCACUGAACAGAAAACAAAACUAUUUAUUGUCUGGUUUUAGUUUUAAAGGCAUGAGGAAUGUUUUCAGAAGAGGUUUAUGCUUCCUCACUUUCACUUUUGUUCUCCAUCUCCGAGAGACUUGUGAACGGUUGCUCCAGGUCCUAAAUAAUCCACCAGAAGCUGCUUCACUUUCAAAGGAUGUUUAUGUGAAGUUCAUUUUAAUGUUAUCCAGUGAGACACACUGAAUUGUGUCAUAUCAUUACACCAGUCCAGCCUUCAUUCAAUUUAACGUAAGUGUGUCUUUGUUAAAAGGAAAAACACACAGAAUAGAAAGGUAGUCUGUAACUAUGGAGCCCCAAGUGUUCAAUAUUAAAUAAUUGAGUAGUUAUGAAAUAGAUAAUCACAUGAAAGAACUGUAAGAAAAUAAUUUAAGAAAUGAAGUUAAAUGAAGCCCCCUGCGUCUUAAGCUAGCAAGCUCAACAACUGCUGCUACCAGAUUUAGCCAGUUAGCUCCUGUUAGCAAGAGCAGCUUAUUCUGAAUCCUCCAUCCAGCUGCUGCUGUGAAUAAACAACUCUCCUUUUAUUUAUUUAGCUUAACAAGGCUGCUCAUGUUAUCUAUCUAGCGGGCUAACUGGCUAGCUGGGGUUGUGAGCUUGGUUUAUACAGCAGCUAAUGUUAGCUAGUUAAGUCAGAGUUACCUCGGCUGUGUUUUGAAUCUAAAGAUGUUACUCAGAGAAAGACAAACGACUCUGAAGAGAACAGUCACUUAGCUAACACUGGCUUUCCACUUUGAUGCUGACUAGUAAGCUGACAAGCCAGCCUAGCUAGUUAGCUAGGUAGGUAGGUAGCAUCAGCAGCUUUAUCAAGGCUUCAAAGCUGCAGAGGUUUAGUUACUGUCUGUUUAUUUACAACAGCUUCCAGUUGGUUAACUCAGAGUUCCUUUGGUAUUGUUGACCUUGCUAACAGGAGCUAACUGGCUAAAUUUGUCAACAGUUGUUGUUUGUUAGCUUAAAAGAGGCAAGGUAUACAUGAACUGUGACCACUGUUAUGAAAGGUGACCUCACUGAAGACAACUUGACAUUAAAUAAAAAUAUUUGAAAUUUGAACUAAUUAAUGUAAAUUUUGAUAUAACCAGCUAAGUUUGGGUAUAUAUUUUUUAAAUUGAAUUGAAUGGUAAGUGUUUUUUUAUGUGUUUAAUGUUGGGCACUUGGGCCACCAUAUGUAACAAUGUGUUUGGUCUUUGCUUGACCUCUACAGAACAGGGUGGAACACUACCUCUGAAAAAAUGUGACAAAGAAGCUUCUGUAAGCUUUCUUUCUGAACCAUUCUGUAGUUCAGCCAUUGAGCCACAUUUUAAUCUUCACUGUGGUAGACGAAGUUCUCUAAUAUUUUAUUGUAUUUAGCAACAAAUGUUCUUUGUUGCUAAUUUCUGAGCUAAGCCGAGGUCAGACCUGCUGUAACACAAUAAGGAAUGAAGAUUAAGGGUUGAAUUGGAUCGGUCACGUUUUAUACACACAUAUCUACAUUUAGAUACACACUGUAUACACAUUUAUCUAACUGAAGAAUGUGGCCGUGCAGUGAUUUUAGCGAGUCCCUCCCUAAGUGAUGGAUUUACUGAAUUAUAUAAUGAUGUUUAUUCUGGUAUGCUGAUGUACCAGAGUCUUCUGAAAGGUGCUUCAUAUCAUUCAGUUGCCUUCCUCCUCAGCCUGUCUGUCCUCUUUUAGCUCUGAAACACCUCGACAGACAGGAGCUCAGGAUAUUGCUUAGUUUUAAACUAUAAAGAAUGAAGAAUAUAGUAAAUUUUAUCUGCAAUACAGUUACCCCAGAUUUCAUAUUUGAUCUGCCGACCAGCAUAUCCCAGAGAUCAUCUACAAGCGUCCCCAUUAAUCCACUGCGUUCUGAGCUUUUAAUUCCUACUGUUAAUGUGCAGCAUCAGCAGCAGACGUCUGUAUCACUGAUGGUCUUUUUCAAUCAGACCAGCCUUCUGUGUGGUGCUGUCAUUAUUUCAGAUGGAUGUGAUUUUAAUAUUGAUACUUAAUACAAGUGGGAUGAUGGCAUUUGCUGGUAACUCACCUCACUUCAGAGCUAAAUACUGGCUUUUAUGUAUUUUUAUAUACAAAGAUGAAUCAGUGAAAGUCAUUGUUGUCAGUGCUGGUUUAACAAAAAUGAGCUCCAAGUGAUCAGUUUCUCAAUUUAUUUUCCAGAAAAUAUAUCCCAAUAUAUAUAUAUAUAUAUAUACAUAUAUUGAUAUUGUAAUAUAACAUUAUAUAUACUGUAAUAUAGGAUAUUUUCCCCCCCUUUUUGCAUUUUAUUUAACAGUUACCAAUUACAUGUCACAUUUUUUUUUGGUUUUAAAAUAUUUUCCUUUAAGAGGAGGAUUUUUAUCUAUGUUGCCCACCCCUGUUUUAAACAAAUUUACAGUCAAUUGAAUGACCGCAAACUGACACAGUGAACCUGGGGUUUCUGGGGAACCCUGAAGUUCUGAGGUCUGUUGGUAAUCCAGCCUUGAUUCUUGUCCACUUGUAGUCUUAAUGUAAAGAUGGCAUCAAACAUGGCAUCUGGGGUUUAAUCUCAGGUCCAUAGCCACCAUUGAGAACACUGAGGUCAUGGUCUCUGUCAUUUUUCUGGGAAUUGACCCUUCCUAUGUCCCACCCCUUUUCACUCUGUGCUCCAAUAACAGUUGAGCAAGCCUGUUCGGAACUUCGGUCAACUUUCUCCUUUUCUGUACUUAUUUCCUGCUAUGUGCUAGGCUAAUCUAUGUUGAAAAGACAACCACAUUUUGAAGAUGGUUAAAAGAUAAGAGCCAUGGUCACAUUUUAGGUUAGUUAAUGUUAGCAAAAUGUAUUAGCAGCUAUUUAUAUCUGAUUGCUAAAGUUAGUCAAAUGUUAGCUAAUUUGGUAGCUAAUGAUGUAGCUGGAGAUUAGCCAGCUAGUGUUUUGCUCUGUUGCAAAAUUAGUCUACAAAAAACCUUAUGUACAUCAAAUGUUUGCUAGCUAGUUACAUCUGAUAGCUAAUGUUAGCAAAAUGAUAGCUAACUAGCUAAGCAACAGUUUCUGUGAAUAAGUGAACAUUUUGCUGACUUAAGAUGUGACUACAUAUGCUUUCAGACCAGCACAGCACAUAGCAUAUAUCUAAGCACAGCUAACUGAGAUUUUGCCCAAGGCUUUCUUUAAUCUUAUUGGAGCACAGAGCAAAAAGGGGCGGGACUUAGGAACUCUGGGGAUUUUACAAUUAAUCACACACUGUAGAUAUUUUACAGGCUCAAUAUAAUUAAAUUUGACUGCUUUAUGCUAAUAGUAACUAAAUGAAGAAAUGAUUCAGUAUUUCCGCACCAGAAUGUUUUCUGGUAUCGUGGAAAGUGCUUUAAAACUCAAUCUAAAUACAAUUUGUAACACAAUAUAAAUGAAUAGUUAACUGAAUAGAUAAAAAAAGGGGGAAAUCUAUAUAAUGACAAGAUUUUACAGACUUUAUUUUUUGUGGUAGGGGUGGGGACUCAUGAUCUCAGGGUCUUUCCUAUCCUGGCUAUGGGCCUGUUUAACCUGUGCUUGCUUUUUCUGUGUGUGCCUGUUUUAGUUCAUAGCUACAAAGGCUCUUUUAAGUUCUGCAUUUAAAGUGGGGGUGUAUGUGGAGAGAAAAGAAGUGCAAAAGCACAGUGCGGUUCUCUGGUUUUACAGCACUAAAGUACUCGUGAUCACUUUCUGGACACAUGGAAUAGUUUGCAUGAAACUCCUGGAGAUGGUUUUAAGACAAAACAUUACAAUGCAAGAAAACAUUUAGGAUUUUAUUUUAAUUUUUAUACUUUCCUGGUUUAUAUCAUGACAAACAUAUGGACUAUGCUGCAUGAGUAAGAUCCAGUGAAUGCUCUGUCUUGAUCAAUGUACAUGUUAUCUAUAGUUCUACUGUUUAGUUCACAACACAAACGGACUCAUCCAAGCAUGGUCGCCAUACUGUAUGCUACCAGGCCCAGAGUCGGCACUAGGCAGUUUCAUAACAUUAUCACACACAUGCUAGGAGCUGAAGCCUCUGCCAGUUGAUUUGUAGGGUGGGGGGGUGGGGGGUGAUGGUGAUGGUGAUGGACUAUGAUAUAGUUGUUCACAAGAUACAUAAAUGUAUAUUUUGUAUUUUUUAAAGCGUCUAUGUUCAGGACUUUUGACAAAUUUGUUUGUGUAUUGAUUAUGUCAUGUUAAUAAAUAUGCUCUUAUUUAUGAGAUUGUUGUGUUACAAUAUUGUUGAACGCAAACAUGUAAUACAUUUAUCUAUCUGACUAAUUUACACACACACACACACACACACACACACACACACACACACACACACACAGGUUCUGAUUUCAGUUCUAUUUAUGUUUGACCUGCAGAUUCCUGCGUCCAGUUCCGGUUGUUCUUUGAGUAAAUUAGAUUUUGCUCUCAGUCAAGUAUUUGUUUAUUAUUUCCUUUUUCUUUUUUUUCUUUUAAAGCGACACUCCACCAACUUUACAUAUGAAGUCCAAAGUUUGAAGAAAUAACCCCGAUGAUGUCAUAAGAGGCAGUAUAGUAGGACUUGACCCACACUAGGGACUGAUGGUGCUUGCUCAUGGUGGUACUGUUGGGUCUCUGUAAAUAAUGUUAUAAAGAGUUCGGUCUAGACCUGCUCUAUUUGAAAAGUGUCCUGAGAUAACUUCUGUUAUGAAUUGGCGCUAUACAAAUAAAACUGAAUUGAAUUGAA